AUGGCCGCCUCCCCCUCGCCAUUGCAGCAAUCACAUCUCAACCCGGACCACUCGGACCACGACUCGGGAUCGGAAUCGGGUGACGAUGCCGGUGCGACGACGACCGGUGGUGCGACGCAAGACAAGCCGACCUACGGUGUCACCGAAGCCUUGGCUCGACUGUCGCUCAUGCCCGAAGUGCAGGUCGACGUGUCCAAGCUGCAUCCUUUGAGUCCCGAGGUCAUCUCCAAGCAGGCGACCAUCAACAUUGGUAGGUCUGCAUUUCAUCCUUGAAGGCGCGACCAAGGCAAGGCAAAGGCAGGGCGGGCACGGCGCUGCGCUCGAGUGGCCGUUCCACAUGACGAGCUGGUAUAUCGACACGCAUUGCCACUGUAGAGGCUUGCCUUAUGCGGUGACGAGUGUGCGGAGGGGUCAGGCUGGUCGGCCCAGCGUGGCACGGUCUUGUCGAUGUGAUGCGACUUUGCGCCGAGCUCUCAAGAAAGGCUUGCGACCAAUGACUACUCAAGCAAGCAUGUCCCACAUCGAUGACUGACACUGGCUCAUAACUCUUCAUCUGUUUUCCAGGUACCAUCGGUCAUGUCGCCCACGGCAAAUCGCAAACGGUCAAGGCAAUUUCGGGGGUUCACACCGUCCGGUUCAAGAACGAGCUCGAGCGAAACAUCACUAUCAAGCUCGGUUACGCCAAUGCCAAAGUUAGUCCUUCCAUACAAUCCAAACUAGAUCUGGUUGCCUCCUGAGGGCUUGAAGGCUGACGGUCGCUCAUUGUGACUGAGCAGAUCUACAAGUGCAAAAGCCCCAAAUGCGAGCGGCCAGGAUCGUACAAGUCUUACUCGUCAGAAAAGGAGGACAACCCGCCGUGCGAGGUUAGAGGGUGUGGUGGAACGAUGGAGUUGCUGAGGUGAGUGGAUCGGAUAAGCUAGGCCAAGAGAAGCGACGAUCCAGUCCGCUGACUGUGCGCCGCUCGUGACCGGUCCUGGUCCGCUUCUUCGCCCUGCAGACAUGUCUCGUUCGUCGAUUGCCCCGGUCACGACAUUCUCAUGGCUACCAUGUUGAACGGUGCCGCCGUCAUGGACGCCGCAUUACUCCUGAUUGCCGCCAACGAACCCUGCCCCCAACCCCAGACGUCCGAGCAUCUUGCCGCCAUCGAGAUCAUGAAACUCAAGCACAUCCUUGUCCUGCAAAACAAGGUUGAUCUCAUCCGCGAACAACAGGCGGACGAGCACCACCAAUCGAUCCUCACCUUCGUCAAGGGCACGGUUGCCGACUCGGCCCCGAUUGUCCCCAUCUCGGCUCAACUUCGGUACAACAUCGAGGCGUUGGUCGAAUACAUCGUCACCAAGAUCCCCGUCCCCGUCCGUGACUUCACAACCUCGCCCAAGCUUAUUGUUAUUCGAUCGUUCGAUGUCAACAAGCCCGGUGCCGAGGUGCAGGACCUCAAAGGUGGUGUUGCCGGUGGUUCGUUGCUCAAGGGUGUCCUCAAGCUGGGGCAAGAGAUCGAGGUACGACCGGGUGUCGUUUCCAAGGAUGCCGAGGGCAAGAUCAACUGCAAGCCGAUCCGGAGCAAGAUCGUGACGCUGCUGGCCGAAAAGAACGAACUCAAGUUCGCCGUCCCCGGUGGCUUGAUCGGUGUCGGAACUUGUCAGUUGUCUUUCAUUUCGGUUGCGAUACGACUCAGCGCGAGAAGCUGAUGUAUCAUCAACCUCCUCCUCGUAUCACAGUGAUUGAUCCCCAGCUGACGCGAGGUGAUCGACUUGUCGGCCAAGUCCUUGGGUCCAAGGGCUCACUGCCCUCCAUUUACACCGAGAUCGAAAUCAACUACUUCUUGCUGCGACGACUGCUCGGUGUAAAGACCGACGACAAGAAGCAAACCAAGGUGCAAAAAUUGGCCAAGAACGAGAUCUUGAUGGUCAACAUUGGAUCGACCUCGGAAGGUGGUCGCGUCGUCUCGGUCAAGGCCGAUUUGGCCAAGAUCUUGCUCAACACCCCCGCCGCGACCGAGAUUGGCGAGAAGGUGGCCUUGUCGCGUCGAAUCGACAAGCACUGGCGGUUGAUCGGAUGGGGCGGGGUCAGGCGAGGCACGGAGUACGAGCUGCCGGAAGACUAUUGA